AUGUGGUCGGAACGCAGAGUCAUCGAUAGCAAAAUAGACUUGUCGUUCAUGAAUAGCGGCGCUUUCUCAAGUUCAAUCACCAAAAUGGUCCAAUUUAUAGAAGAGAUAGUGAAAGGAGAUCAUAUUCUCGACGCGGUUAGAGUGGAUGAGCAGCUUUGUUUGUCCCAAGUUUGGCUCAUGGCAACUGGAGAUGGCGGAGCUUAUAGCUAUUCUCUGACGGUCUUCUCUCCAAGUGGCAAGCUCGUCCAAAUUGAACACGCACUCGCUCGAGUCUCUCAGGGAACAACUAGUCUUGGUAUCAAAGGUUCGUACAUUACGUAUAAUUCGGAAGUCAUCUGCGGCUCUAUACCUCCUCACCUGACACUGACUUCUACUGCGUCCAGCUACGAAUGGCAUC